AUGGGCAACGCCGGCUCCUCGGCGCUGGCCCGCCUGGGCCUCCCCGCGCAGCCGCGGCCGGGGUGGCUCGGGCUCGCCGCGCUGGGUCUGGCCGCGGUGGCGCUGGGGGCCGUGGCCUGGCGCCGUGGGCGGCCCAGGCGGCGCCGGCGGCUGCAGCAGGUGGGCACCGUGGCGAAGCUCUGGAUCUACCCGGUCAAGUCCUGCAAGGGGGUGCCGGUGAGCACGGCGGAGUGCACGGCCAUGGGGCUGCGCAGCGGCCACCUGCGGGACAGGUUUUGGCUGGUGAUUAAGGAGGAUGGACACAUGGUCACAGCCCGGCAGGAGCCGCGCCUCGUGCUGGUCUCCAUCUCCUAUGAGAACAACCGCCUGGUGCUCAGGGCUCCGGGCGUGGACCAGCUGGUUUUGCCGAGCAAGCUGCCUCCCUCAAACCCCGUCCACGACUGCAGGGUAUUUGGUCUUGACAUCAAAGGCAGAGACUGUGGUGAUGAGGCAGCUCAGUGGUUCACCAACUUCUUGAAAACAGAAGCCUUCAGGUUGGUCCAGUUUGAAACGAGCAUGAAGGGAAGAACAUCGAGGAAACUCCUCUCCCCUGCUGUGCAGAAUUACCAGGUGGCCUACCCAGACUACAGCCCAAUCCUGAUCCUCUCGGAAGCCUCGCUGGCAGAUUUGAAUACCAGGAUGGGGAAGAAAGUGAAAAUGGAGCAUUUUAGGCCAAACAUCGUGGUGACAGGCUGUGAUGCUUUUGAGGAGGAUACCUGGGAUGAACUGCUGAUUGGUAGUGUGGAGAUGAAAAAGAUAAUGGCUUGUCCCAGGUGCAUUUUCACCACGGUGGACCCAAAUACUGGCGUCAUGGACAGGAAGGAGCCACUGGAAACCCUGAAGAGCUACCGCCUGUGUGAUCCUUCUGAGAAGUCAUUAUACAAGUCGUCCCCGCUUUUUGGGAUCUAUUAUUCAGUGGAAAAAAUUGGAAACCUGAGAGUUGGUGACCCCGUGUAUCGGAUAGUGUAAUGAUGGACCCAUUGGAGCAAGAUGGUAAAUGGUUUCAUCAUCCAAGAGGCAUUGAUGAUGAUUUUAACAACAGCAGUAACAAUACGUCAGCAAAUCAUUAUUAUCCAGCCUUUAACCACCUUCAUCCUGGAAAUGAAUCUCUAUUUUUGACUUUUUAGAGUUGUGUAUGCUCUGGGCUAAUGCAAGGAAAACGUUAGAGGUGAUUUGAGAAUAUGAAGGUAUAUAAAUUUUAGGUACUGAAGAAGGCUUUUCAAAUAAAUAAAUUUGUCUAUAAAAUCAUUUUGAAUGUUACUGUGGCUCUUACACCUUUCCAAUACCUGACUUCACUAUUGAUGAACAAGAAAAUUUAAUGAAUCAACUAAAAAAGCUGCAAAACAUUUUUAAAAUUUUGCUACCUAUCAUUCUAUGUUUUGGCAGAAGUGGGAACCAACAGUGUAUUGUUUCCUGGUGUGCCUUUACAUGUUAACACACUUAUAAAUGCCUAGUAGUUGGUCUUUGCAUGGCUAUCGAGGCUUCUCGACUUUCCAGUUGUGUUUCUUACCUUACUAUUAAGGAAUCAGGGUUGUACUUGAGUAUGGAAAUUAUUUCAUAGCACUUGUUUUUUAUAUUCUAUUACACCUUUAUUAAGCCGUAUAAAAGUAGUUUGUUUGUGUGUAACUGCUGGAUACACCACCUGCAAUUCCAAGUAAGAUAAAGACAGUGGAAUUUAAAAGAGGAUGGAAUGUUGAGAGUGAGAGUGGGAAGAAGAAAGUGUGAAUAUAUUUUUUAGACGCAAAUUAUUUUUUUGUAACAAAGAGAAAUGAACUAUUUGGUCUGACGAAGCAAAAAAAUACUCACUGAAGUAAUUAAUAUAUGAAUGAAUGAAUUAACCCGCUUAUAAUUUUGUGGUUUCUUUAUUAUUAAUAAAUGUGACUAUCAAA